UUCUCUCUUUAUAGUGGAUGUAUAUUGGUUUUUGUAAUUCACAAUUUUGGUCAAGGUUACUAGUGCAAUAUGUCUGCCUCCGAUGGGCCAACAGUGGAGCCUAUGGCCUCAAAUACGGUGACCAUCAACAAUGCUGCAGAUAUCUCUGUCAUCAUAGGGUACUUUCUGGUGGUGAUUGGGGUUGGCGUUUGGUCCAUGUCAAGGACAAAUCGUGGAACCGUGGGGGGCUAUUUCCUUGCGGGACGCACCAUGGUGUGGUGGCCGGUGGGUGCAUCGCUGUUUGCCAGCAACAUUGGCAGCGGCCACUUUGUCGGUCUCGCAGGAACAGGAGCUGCCAGCGGAAUAGCUGUCGGGGGCUUCGAGUGGAAUGCUAUAUUCAUUGUGCUGCUUCUGGGCUGGAUAUUUGUUCCUGUAUACCUUACAGCUGGGGUGAUCACUAUGCCACAGUACCUGAAGAAAAGAUUUGGAGGCUCCAGAAUCAGUCUGUACCUAUCCAUCAUCUCACUGUUCCUGUAUAUCUUCACAAAAAUAAGUGUGGACAUGUUCUCUGGGGCCGUCUUCAUCCAGCAGGCUCUGGGUUGGAACAUCUAUGUUGCUGUGAUAGCGCUGCUCAGUAUCACUGCCCUCUACACAGUCACAGGUGGCCUGGCGGCGCUGAUGUACACGGACACGGUGCAGACCUUCGUCAUCAUCGCGGGGGCCUUUGUCCUCAUGGGCUUCUCCUUCUAUGAGGUUGGUGGAUACACUGCAUUGCUUGAGAAGUACAGCACAGCCAUACCGUUCCUCCGGGAGACCCAGGACCCCCUGCGCUACAACAUCUCCGACCAGUGCUUCACUCCUCGGCCCGAUGCCUUCAACCUCUUCCGGGACUCGGUCACGGGCGACCUGCCCUGGCCCGGAGUUCUGCUGGGCAUUGCCAUCAACGGAGGCUGGUACUGGUGCACAGACCAGGUAAUUGUGCAGCGGUGUUUGGCAGCUAAGAACCUGUCCCAUGUGAAGGCCGGCUGCAUCCUGUGUGGAUACCUGAAGCUCUUCCCCAUGUUCCUCAUGGUCUUCCCUGGCAUGAUCAGCAGAGUGCUCUACCCGGAUGAGGUGGGUUGCGUGGUGCCAGAGGUCUGUAAGCAGGUGUGUGGGACAGAAGUCGGCUGCUCCAACAUAGCGUACCCCAAACUAGUGGUCAACGUCAUGCCCAAUGGUCUGCGGGGGCUGAUGCUGGCGGUGAUGCUGGCUGCCCUGAUGAGCUCUCUGGCCUCCAUCUUCAACAGCAGCAGCACCCUCUUCACCAUGGACAUCUGGACACGCCUCCGGCCUCAGGCACGCGACCGCGAACUCAUGAUCGUGGGCAGAGUGUGGAUCCUCUGCAUCGUGGCCAUCAGCAUCUGCUGGAUCCCCGUGGUGCAGGCUGCCCAGAGCGGUCAGCUGUUUGACUACAUCCAAUCAGUGACCAGCUACCUGGCUCCACCAAUAGCGGCCGUCUUCCUCCUGGCCGUCUUUGUCAAGAGAGUGACAGAGCCUGGUGCAUUCUGGGGCCUGAUGGGGGGCCUGGCCAUGGGCCUGGCCCGCAUGGGGGCUGAGUUCUACUACGGCACGGGGAGCUGUGUGUUCCCCUCCCCCUGCCCCGCCGUCAUCUGUGGCGUCCACUACCUCUACUUCUCCAUCAUCCAGUUCAUCGCCACCGGCCUCCUCGUCCUCUUUGUCAGCUACAACACGCCGCCCAUAGACGACAAGCAUCUUUACCGGAUGGUGUUCAGCCUGCGCUUCUCCAAAGAGGAGAGGCUCGACCUGGACUGGGCGGAGCAGGAGGCCGCCAGACAAGCACGCAGAGAGGCAGAGCAGAAGACCAAAGCCAAAGAAUCUUCAACCCAUCAGAAUGCGGAGGUCAGCAGUCAGCAGUCUGGGCUGUGUCGUGCCCUGGGCUGGGUGUGCGGCAUGGGUGGAGACCAGGCCCCCGAGCCCACGGAGGAGGAGGUGGCGGAGGCGUCCAAGGAAGUGCCUGACAUAAAAGAGCACCCUGUCUGGCAACACGUGGUGGACGCUAACGCUCUGGUCAUGAUGGCUGUUGCCGUUUUCUUCUGGGGCUAUUAUGCAUGAUGAUGUAUGGAGAUAAUCCUAUCAUCUCUCCCACAACAAAGAUUAUCCAAAGUCUUCAAAUACGCACACAACUGUUUAAAUCUUAUUAAAUAAGCAUGGUAGUCAAAUAAAUGAUCAAAGUCAA